AUGUCUCCCCGGCCAUUGGCGCGGGCCUUGAAGCUCCGCCCAACUCUGAUCGGCCAUCGCGAAUACCCUACAUCCAAUCACCACGGAAUCACAGUGCUUUUGAAGCAUAGAUCUGGACAGAGAUGCUUUGCAACAUACGUGGAACACUCGAGUGCAACCACCAAGUCAGACAGCAAGCAUGAGCGUGUCGUUAUCCUUGGCUCCGGCUGGGGUGGGUAUACCAUCUCACGCCGCCUGUCACCCAAGUCAUUCUCGCCAAUCAUCAUUUCCCCUCGAUCCUACUUCGUCUUCACUCCCCUCCUGACCGACACCGCCAGUGGUUCGCUGGAUUUCUCCAACAUUGUCGAGCCAGUGCGGGACCCACGUGCCAAAGUCGACUUCAUUCAAGCCGCUGCACGCGCCAUUGAUUUGAAGAAGAAGACUAUUCUGUGCGAAGCCACUGUGGUUAGAAGUGGUGUCACAGAGUCGCCGCGUACCUCUGAGGAUGAGAGGAAAAUCGACGAAGGACCCGAAGCAACCUUCAAGCAGCCAAUCAAGGACUUGCGUCACUGGGAACAAGGAGAAACAUUCGAAGUCCCAUAUGACAAAUUGGUCAUCGCAGUCGGUGCCGUCAGUCAAACUUUUGGCACUCCAGGUGUCCGUGAGAAUGCCAUGUUCUUCAAAGAUAUUGGUGACGCAAAGCGUGUGAAGCGACGCGUGCGUGAAUGCUUCGAGUUGGCAGUUCUUCCGACCACGACGCCCGAGAUGCGUCAGUGGCUCCUUCAUUUUGCAAUUGUUGGCGCGGGUCCCACGGGCACAGAGCUUGCGGCAUCCUUGCGUGAUUUCAUCUACAAGGACUUGAUGGCCCUGUAUCCAGCUCUCGAAGGUAUUCCGAAAAUCAGUCUGUAUGACGUCGCACCCAAGGUACUCUCGAUGUUUGAUGAGAGUCUCUCCCGCUAUGCAAUGGACACCAUGCGGAGCGAAGGCAUUGACAUCAAAACCUCUCAUCAUGUCAAGAGCUUGCGCUGGGGUCCGCCUGGUGCACCCGGACCCCAUGAGAUGGACCCCAAGCGUUGCCUCACUUUGUCAACCAUGGAGGAGGGUGAAGUUGGCGUUGGAAUGUGCGUCUGGGCAACAGGCAAUGCGAUGACCAAGUUUGUCAGCCAAUCGCUGAGUGCAGUUAAAGAAUUCCCAAACGACUCCGUCUACACUCUCAACGGUGAAUCAGGGCCAGUGACACCCGCCGGGCAGUCUUCCUGGGAGUACAAAAAGGUUCCCAAGACGGGUGCCCUGCUCGUUGACGGUCAUCUGAGGGUGCAGCUUAAAGACGAUGCCGGACAGACAGCCGUUCUCAACGAUGUCUUUGCACUCGGCGAUAAUGCCAUGCUGGAAACCGGUGCCCCUCCAGCCACAGCUCAGGCUACCUUCCAGGAAGCGAAGUGGCUCGCAGAUCGUCUUAACAAGCAAGACUUGACACAAACACCACCUUUCUCAUUCAAAAACAUGGGCACCUUGGCAUAUAUUGGAAGCGAAAAGGCCCUGAUGCAAAUUCCUCAUGACAUGCAUGACCCAAGCAAGCGCAGUAAAUAUCUCCCCGGGGGAAUAACAGGUCGCAUGGCACGGGUUGUCUGGAACGCGGCGUAUAUUACUAUGUCAAUCAGUUGGCGCAACAAGCUGCGGGUGGCGUUCCGGUGGACACUGAACAGAUUAUUUGGAAGGGACGUGUCGCGUUUUUAA